AUGGAAUUCCUUGGCACCACCCAGACUGCCAGCUACUGCGGACCUAGGAAAAGCUGCCUGCUUCCAGAGGUGGCUCCCACCAGCCUAAGCCAGGACAGUUACCAGGCUUAUUACCUGCCUGGGUACCGCUACUUGAGCUCAUGGAGACCCAGCUUGUUCUACAAAGUAUCUGCCUUCCGGCCCAAUGAUGAGGGAGGUGGCCGCCUCUGUGCCCCAUUACGGCCACCCACUAUACUGCCUUCGGUGCGAUCAGCCUUGUAUGCUCGUUACAGCCCCCAUGAUUGGUAUAAAGCAAAUGCUGUCCAGCUUAAAGGCUCGGAGGCUUACCGGCAUUGGGCUGGGAGGCUUAAUGCCGACUCUGGGCGACUAAUGCAAGACAAAGACCAGCUGACUCGGCAACAGCAGGAGGAUUCUGGGAAGAAUAUUGGGCAGAGGCUAGCUGACAUAGAUUUCUGGAGGUCCGAGCUGACCUAUGAACUCGAAAGGCUGCUAACUGAAACCCGUGCGCUGGACACAGCAAAGAGGCGCCUGGAAUGUGCUGCGGACGAAGCCCAGGGGCCGCUGCAGGUGGCCUUGGAAUGCUUAUACAAUCGGGAGAAGCGGAUGGGGAUUGACUUGGUCCACGAUGAUGUGGAAAAGAAUCUCAUACAGGAGGUUGAUUUGAUCAGAGCAUGCCAAGAUAAAAUGAGAAAGCUUGCAGGAAGAAUUGACCAACAACUGAAUAUUAACAGAGAUGCCCAACAUGCCCUUGAGAGGGACCUUGGUGACAAAAGCUCAGCCCAUUUCAUUGAUGAGAAGUGCUAUAACCUGAGGAAUACUUCUGACAGCAUUAACUACUACCAUGGAGUGGAAAAAAUAGAUGGAACAGUCUCAGUCCCUGAAACAUGGGCUAAGUUUAGCGAUGACAACAUCCGGUAUUCUCAGAACGCACGGGCCAACUCGGCCACCCUCCGCCAGGAAGCAGAUCAUACCCUGGAAAUCACUUCCGAUGAUAUGUGGAGGCAGUGGACAGACACCAACUUGGCUUUAAAUGCCCGCAUUGCAGAAAUAGCUGAUGCCAAGAACCAGCUGCAGGCACAGCUGGCCAAGACGCUUCAAGAAAUCUUUCAAACAGAAAAUACAAUAAUGUUACUGGAAAGAGCUAUAAUGGCCAAGGAAUGCCCACUCAAGGUGGCUCAGACUCGCCUUGAAGCACGAACAUGGCGGCCUAAUAUGGAGUUAUGCCGGGACGUACCACAGUUCAAGCUAGUGAAUGAAGUUUUCACCAUCGACGACACACUGCAGACUCUGAAGCUGCGCCUGCGUGAGGCUCAAGACACCCUUCAGCUGCUGAUCCUCAACAAGGCAAAGAUGGAGCACGACCUCCUGGUGAAGGCCAACUCCCUCUUCAUCGACAAGGAGAAAUGCAUGGGGAUGCGGAAGACAUUUCCCAGCACCCCACGCCUGGUUGGCUACACCUGAGCUGGCAGUGGGUCGCCUUCUCUGCUCUGACAUAAAAGAUUGCAAAUUACAGGAGACAUUUCUGCUCAUUUUUUUUUUAAGCAAAGUGGAAAAAGAAACACGGAAAAGGAAAAGGAACCCGUUGGAAAUAAACAGAAACAAAAUCAGAACAAGAGCACAGCUUUUGUUGCUUAGAGAAAACUUGAGAUGGAUCUCUCCCUGCAAGAGAAGCAACGGCCCACGCGAUGUACCCUGCGAAAGAAUUGGUGCUGAGGUUCACUGUUCUGCCCUGACAAGCCCACACUCCCUCUUCUUUGGUAGGCUCUGGUGGCUAUUUGGUAAAGGAAGGGUAUUUGGCACAUGCCGAGAGACGGUGCUGCCCGCGCAGUGCAGAUUUUUAAAGUCCCAGCUUAAUAUAUUUAUCUACUUAUUUUAUUCUUACAUUUCUAUCCCACCUUUCCUUUAGGGAACUGAAAGUAGCGUACACGGUUCUCCCCCUCCCAGUUUUAUCUUCACAACAAUCCUAUGAGGUAGGUUAGGCUGAGAGAUAGUGGGUUGUUGUAUCCAGCUGCUCAGAGUAGACUCAUUGAAAUCAGUGGAUAUGGCUAACUUAGGUCCAUUGAUUUUACUGAGUCUACUCUGAAUCGGGGCUACAACCCAGUUGUACUGCUGAGAAUUUCCCUGCCGAGUCAGGAUUUGAACCCUGGUGCCCCAAACCGCCACCCCGCACUGGUGUGGAUUCUGGUGAGAUCCUGAUUUUCAGCCCUCUGCGCUGGCUUCUCAAGCAGACUUUGGGGGCUCACCCCACAUAGUUCUGCGUCUCUUGGUUCUCACUGUGAAAGUGACCUGUGUCCAUCUGAAUUUUAGCUAAACAAUUUAUGUUGAGGAAAAUGAGGUAACCUUAAUGUGAGGCAAAAAAUAGGUGGCUAUCUUGGGCAGAUAAUUUGGAACACCAUUUGAGGAAGGCAGAGGGGGAGUGCUGAUGCAUGGGACAUGAUCCGUUGGAAAAUUCUCCCUUGCAAGUUACGUUGGAAUGAAUGGGAGAGUUACCAUGCUCUCGCAGAGCUUCUGUUCAUUCCAGCGAAGCUCACACCAGAGGUGUGCAACAUGGAUUGUCCCCCAUGUUAAUUUGUCUGCAAGCACCAUGUGGAUUCUUUUUUUGGCCUCAUACACCAAAGUGUCUUUGGGCAGGCUCUGUUAAAGCAUAUGAAUGAGGUGAGCAGAACAGCCAGUUUCCAGAGGUUCAGACCUUGUGAUACAGGGGGUGGAGCCUUGGAGCUAGGGGGUGGAGCCCAACAGAACAGGGUGGAGCCUAAUGGUACCUGUUGCGGGCAGAUGAUGCAGUCUGGCUGGUGCCUCGGACUGCGGCCUGGUAGAUAGGAAGGGGUGGAACCAAGAACAAAGUCAAUAAAGCAAAUCGGAAAGUAGUCUGCACUCUUGAUUCUGGCCCUUCACCCUGAGCUUUUAUUGUACUUCUUUCCCUGGGCUAGAGGUCCUGAGCAGGAGACUGAAACUGUCAACCUUUAAGUUGAACCUAGAGGCCGGGUGGCCCUGGUGGCUGUGGGGAUGGAACGUGGAAUGACAUUGCCUUCCCACCUGGUGCAGGUGUAUCUUCAGAACAGAGGUGGGUAAGUGCAGGUGUGAGGGGCCAAUUGUAGCUCUCCAAGCCUCCCUGUCUGGCCCAUGGGAUUGUCCCUAGGCCAUAUCCCCUCCCUGGCCACAUUCCUCUCCAAAGGCCACAUUCCCCUUACCGACCUUGCUUUGCACCUUCCUCAAGCAUGGCUGAAAUGUGUCCUUGAAUUCUGAUACCCAUGUGAGAAAGUGACGUCCUGGAUGUCGCCAAUAAAAAAGGCCUUUCCUGCAAAUCUGUAGGUGGUAGUUGAGGCUAUCCUAAUGCAGCAAAGCGUUGCAUGUGUGUCCAGCAUGCUACCACCAUACAUUUAUCGUAUCUCUUGUGCUGUUACAAUCCUUAUCUGCAGUUGUUUCCAAGAUGGCCUUUGUUUGCACAAGGUUUACGAGUAGAUUAUGCAGUAUUGGCUGUUUAACGAGCAUUUGUUCUGAUUUGUUUGAAGGAGGUUAAACGAUGCUGCAGUAAGGGCUAGUCCACACUUUUCAGUGCAUUGUACCAUCGCUUUACUUAGUGGGAAAAAAAGUCCCAUUUUCCCCCCAGAAAGCGUUUUCGUUGCACAAAAGCACCAAAUCCACUUUUAUUGCACAAGCUGCAUUUUCCAAUAUGCGAGUGAAUCCCACCCACAAAAUAGCAACACUCUGGGAACGCCCUAAAGUGUCCAUCCAAUAAAACAUACAGAAAAUAAUGUUAUCAUUCAAGGGCUGUUUUCAUGUAUGCAACAGGGAGUGUUGAAAUACAUGCAGCACAGAACAAUCCACGCUUACUCCCAGCCCUCUUCAGAUCUAAAGGCUGUACAGUAAGAAAAAGCAAAUCCUUAUAUGUCACGCAAGAACACACUGG